AUGUUGACUACAUACGAGCUAGUUAGGGACCUCUGUAGCAAGCGCCACGUUAAGAGGGCGCCGCCGUCGGUGUACGUUAUCUCAAACUACAACAGUCGAGAAGACGUGCUCUUCGCCCGUGGUGUACUGCAGCGUGUUGGAUGUGAAAGACCGUGCCAACAUCCAGCAGAACUGGUAGAAGAUACCUUUCUGUCAGGGCCCAGACGUGAGGAUGCGAUCCUUCGACCUACCGAAUCUCCUGUCUUGCACCUGAUAACAGAUGCCAGAGAUACUCCUCCACUUGCAUCGUCUGACAGGAAGGCGAAGACGUCGGAGAGGCCUGCGGCAACUGACGAGCGGUCGACUCCAUGGUGGCGGAGAGCCUGGAGUGAGCGGAAGGUGCUUUUUCGUGAUCGGGCUGCCAACGAUGGUCAAAGUCCAGAACUGAAUGAUAAUAGACGACUUUUUCUAGAAGGACGAGGACGCGGAAGCAACCGCAUCCGGACUGCGAAGUAUUCAGUGUGGUCGUUUCUACCUCUUGUUCUCCUGUACCAGGUUGAGAGGUUCAGUAACUGCUACUUUCUCCUCUGCGCUUUUCUCCAAGUGGUCUCAGAGAUCUCCCCUACUGGAGGCGUGCCCGUCAAACUCAUAUCUAUUGGCAUGAUUUUUGGUAUAUCUAUUAUCAAAGAGCUUUUCGAAGAUCUUGGGAGGCACCGGUCGGAUGACCAAGAAAACAGCUACGUCGUGACUGCUUUUGACGGUGGAAAACUGGUCCAAAAAAAGUGGAAGGACAUCGUCGUCGGAGAUGUAGUCAAGGUGCGUGCGGGCGAAUAUUUCCCUGCGGAUCUCGUUCUUCUCCAUUGUUCCAACGAAUUCGGAAUAUGUAAUGUGGAGACCAAACAUGUAGAUGGCGAGUCGAAUGUCAAGUCUAAGUUUGCUCUUCCGCAGCUGGCGGACUAUUUCCGAAAUGAGGAACUUGCCGCUACAACGAAAGUGGAGGUGAUCUGUGAACCUCCUAGCGACGAUCUCGCGAGAUUUUCAGCCAAAGUUCUCCUUCCCCCCUUGUAUGUAGCCGGUGCCCAAGUUCCCCCGCCUGAACACCCGAGAGAAGAAGUGUCUCUUACGUUCAAACAACUGCUCCUUCGCGGGACUUCAGUAGUUGAAACUGCCUGGGCCUACGGGCUUGUUGUCUACGCCGGUCAUCACACCCGGCUGAUGAAGAACGGAAAUGUGGAGGCAAGGCAAAAAUGGUCGCGUCUGGAGCGAAUAUACAACAACCACGUGGUCCUUCUGGUUGCAGUUCAGCUCCUCGCCGUCGCCGUGCACUGCUUCACCGGGCUGCGCUGGCUGAACGAGACUGGGGACAAGUCGUGGUAUCUGCUGUUUGACAAAACGAAAGGAUUGGCGUACUACUUCGCCAUCGACUUCGGCACCACAUUUCUGAACAUGUCAGGCUUUGUCCCCAUGGACCUUUACAUGCUUUGGGAGCUCUCUAGAAUGGCUCAUGGCAUCUUCAUUUACUUCGACGACUCCUUGAUUGCUUAUGACUCAGGCGCUCGAGCGUCAAGUCAUGCUAGUCAUCUUGUCGAAGAGAUGGGAGGCGUGACUCAUGUUUACUCUGACAAGACGGGCACGUUGACAAAGAAUGUCAUGCAACUGCAAUGUAUUGGCCUUGGAAUGGACUACGAUUUCGGUCUCCAGCAAUGGUGUGAGGCCAAGGCUCGAUCUGUCACCAGGGACAAGCACCAUCGCACAUCUCUUGAGCAGCUCCGGGUGUCGACCAGUCGCCGUACGUCAACCCUCCUGUCGUCGGAUGAGGGUCGAAAGGUGACCGCCUCUCGGCGCGUGUUCCUUCGAACAGAGGCUGGUCCGUGUGUAUCUCUUGAUCGGGACAUGAUCGCCACUGUAGUGGAAGCGUCGCCGCCGAAGUUUCGCGAGACGUUCGAGCAUUUUUUCCUGGUUCUUGCUCUAUGCCACACCGUCCUUGUGCGCCGUCAAGAUGCAGGGAAUGCGGAACAAGGAAAUGAACCAGCCCCACUAAGCUCCCAGGAAACUCCGGGAACCCUCCUGAGCAGGCUUCGUCUGCCCUUCCGGCAGAAAGUCCACCAAUCACGACGUCCAACGGAAUGCACUGACUUACUCGUGAACUGUAUAGCACAGAGCGAUAAUGUUUCUGAUCGUGCUGCAGAUAGUCCCGCGGGCGGUAGCGGCUACACGGUUCCUCCUUGUUCAGCGCACACACCUCAAAAUGGCAUGCCUGCUUCAAGCGUCAAAGAUAAGGCGGCUGAGACCAAGAAGGUGGAAUGGACGGAUGAUGGCUGCGACCUGAGGCUGACCAGCCUCCAAGCGGAGAGGCCAACUUAUGAUGCAUCAUCCCCAGAUGAGCUGGCGCUUGUGAGUACGGCUCAAUACCUCGGGCUUGAAUUUGCAGCACGGCGAAAUCUCUUCGAGGUAGAACUGCAUAUUACCUCGUCUAUUGCGGCAGAUACCCUAUUACCCCCUAAGCAGGCCAGGGAGGCCCGCGAAUGGAUGAGCGGCCGAAGGAAACCAGGGAGACACGGCAAGGAAUGCACUCCGGACGAGAGAGAGGAAGGAGACUCUACAGCUGUGGUGCCCGUGCUGAAGUACGAAAUUCUUGAUGUGCUCGAAUUCGAUUUCGUCAGGAAAAGAAUGUCUGUCAUCACUCGGGAUCCCGCCACCGGAAGGUUUCUGCUUCUAACAAAGGGCGCCGAUACUCAUAUGAUUCAGGUGGCUGCGGCGGACCAAGGAGCCUUCCUGGCAGAAGUCGAACGCCAGGUGCAUGAUUUUGCAACAGCCGGCCUCCGAACAUUGGUUAUGGGCUAUCGUGAGCUGUCCGAAGAAGAGUUCUCGACAUUUCAUCGCGCAUUCGUGAGCGCUCAGCAGGUUACAGGAGACAGACAAGAAGACGUUAUUCGGGAGUGCAUCUCCACCAUCGAAGUAGACCUCAAAAUCCUCGGUUGUACGGGGAUAGAAGAUAUACUGCAAGAUGAAGCAGAGGAUGUGAUAAAGGAUAUAAAAGAUGCUGGAGUUGCUCUGUGGGUACUAACUGGUGACAAGUUGGAGACUGCCAUAAACAUCGGCUACUCAACCAAUAUUUUGAAUGAAGCAUGCUACAACGCCGUUGUCGAUGGAGAAACAGUUGAGGAAGUCCAGCAUCAGCUGGAGCUUCAUCAGGGGCACGCGGACAUAGGAAGGAGCCUGGCUAAUCGGGUGGAUGUGCCUUGGCACAGGCGAUUACGCAGGAGCGAGCACAGCACAUGGUGGAAUGAGAUUGCGUGGCACGAGCUCGGCCGUUCCCCCGACGCCGAGCUUCGACGAAUGGUAGAUGACGAGAUCCGCAAUCCGACAGCGAGGCGUGACCAGAUCAGCGCAUCCCCCCACUCCUCUGCAGUUACAGCCCGACAGACAUCUAAUCGUGCUGGCGUCUUGCCCCUCCGUAAUACAGACAUCGGCGGCGUACGGCAUGGCGACGAACAAUCGGCCUCCGGCUCAGCUGACAAAGCUCACCAUAAUGGAAGCAUCUGCGUUCCGCAGGACCCUCUUUCCAGUGGUCUGGUACUUGAUGAGAGUAGACUGGGUGGAAGGCUGUCAAUUCAUAAGUUGCCCCUUCGUUCACAUUCCCCCACCUUGGAAGCACCUCCCGCUGUUGUGGCAGUCCAUAGACCUGAUAUGACUGCCGAAAACGGGCAACACCAAGACUUUGUGAUGUUUCCGCAUGCGGGAGGUGAAGCAGUGUCACUAUCGAUAACUGCUGGCGGGAUCGACCCCACGCAAACCAGAGGAGAGGAGAAGGUGAUUACUUCAGCGAAUCUGCCGUCAGGCGCUGACAGUAGAGGCGUACCCGUCGUCACAGCCACGGACCUCAAGAGAGUGAGUUGCUUAUUUAAAAUGGUCCACGAUGCAUACGAGACCCGGCGCGCCUCGAUGAGUCAAGGCCUCCUACCCGUGGUGCCAGCUAUGCGAAAAGAAGUUGAAGGAAAUUUCAAGCAGGCUAAUCGAGCGAUUCGCGCCAGCGUCAUCGAGGUUGAAGCGGAACGCGAAACAUCCGAAACAGCCUCCGAGAUACCAUCGCGCAACCGUGAGGCGUCUGCAGAACAGGGGAGUGCCGCAGCCGCAAGCGCGUGCCGGUCAGUGGCACCAACUGAAGGCGGAAACGUACCUGGUUAUUCAGAGGCGUCCGUGAAAUUUCUAGAGUUCUCUGAGUUCUGCAUUACGAUUACAGGAGCUGCCCUGAAGUGCGUGGUGGACAACCAUAACCUCCAAGUUAAGUUUUACUUUCUGUGUCGACUGGCGGCAUCUGUUAUUGCGUGCCGAGUGACACCAAAGCAGAAAGCGCUCUUACUAAAACAGAACUCGGCGUUCAACCCUAGAGGCACUUCCCUUGCGAUUGGGGACGGGGCAAACGACGUUCCUAUGAUCCUGGCGGCAAACGUCGGAGUGGGUGUGGUUGGCAAGGAGGGAUUACAAGCGACAAGAUCUGCAGAUUUUGCAGUUGCCGAAUUCCGACAUCUGCGGCGUUUACUGUUUGUCCACGGGCGUGAAUCACUUAGGCGGAACUCUUCACUGGUGUAUUUCUGUGUGUUCGUCAAUGUUGUAACGUGCUUGACGCAGUUCCUGUUCAAUUUCGUCUCCGGCAAUAGCGGAGCGGGAGCAUUCAAUCAGGGAUCGCGGCAGACGCUCAACGUACCCUUCCUAUGGAUACCCAUUAUCCUCUAUGCCGUUCUCGACCGCCAAUUGCCUCACGAAAUCUUGGAGAAGCAUCCGCUAUUGUAUUACGCAGUACCCUCGAAACUGUGGCCUUUCCAGCGAAGCACGAUUUUGGAGUAUCUCCAUUUAUGGUUUGAUUUCUUACUCUGUGGCCCGGCCAGACAACUGCGGCGGAUCCUGAUGUGCAGGAUUUGCUGGCCAUCGCAGGUUGUUCAGAGAACAGCCCCGGCGGCAUUCUGGAUAUCCCAGUGGUUUCAAAAGUCCCGGCAGCCCGCCAACAUCCGUUCGUAUGGAGUCCACUGUCUAUUCAUUUGGCUUGUGUUUUCGCUUUGGGUCGCAUGUGUACUUGUAUUCGUUCUCUUACACACUGAAACAGGGGCAUGGACACCGUGGAAUGGUGUCACUCGCGGGUACCCUACUAUUGGGUAUCACACCUACACGCAAUACGUGCAGCUUCUGCAUAUAUGGAUAACUCUGCUGGUGAUUUGUAGCCUUCAGAAUACUUGGACGUCCAUCCAGAUCGCCGUUUUCAUCAUUCUGUUCUUUCUGGCGUCGUUUGGGUUUUUUUUGUACACCAUCACGCCUGUGAAGGCAGACGUUUUCUUCGGGAAACUUGUGGGCUCCUUUGCGAUGGCGCAUGUGACCACUGCAUAUUAUCUGGGAUUUGUGAUUAAUAAUCUUCUCGCGGUUGCUCCCUUGUGGGUGGCGAUGGGAGUUGGACUCACGCGUUUUCCAACCCCAGAGAGUCUCAUAGCGGAGCAGCUGCACAAACACAGGUACUAUGGGUUUUUACAAGAUGCGCCAGCUGGGCUUGGUGCUGUUCCCUACGUUGCACCACAGCGCCUAGAAGAGACGGAUGGUUACUCUGGCUUCGCGUUUGCCGGUGAUUCUCCUCUAUUGAUCUUGGUUCCCGGACUGAGGCGUUUGCUACAGACAGUCCGAAAUUCAGGGGGAUCGAAGACGGAUCAGGAACAGGGAGACAGCAAGUGCCGUCAGGAACUACGAAGUGCCGUACCGCCCAGCGUUUCCUGUGGGAUUGCAAGCCGUGAUGUCGAGGCUCACGAUUCGUCGGUGGUUCCUAUCGUUUGA